GCCCCCCAAUCGGAGCCCCCCAAUCGGAGCCCCCCAAUCGGAGCUCGCGUCCCAGGCCGGCGGAGAUGGUGCAGCAGGAGGGGGACCCCCCCCACGAGGCGCACGCGCCCCCCAUGGCGCAGGGAGGAGCGGCGCACGGCGGCAGCGGCUCCAAGAGGAAAUUCUCGUGCGGGGUGGUGGAGGGAUUCUACGGGAGACCAUGGACCAUGGAGCAGAGGAAGAACCUCUUCAAGCGGAUGCAGCGCUGGGGCCUCAACACCUACAUGUACGCGCCCAAGGAUGACAGCAAGCACCGCAUGUUCUGGCGCGAGAUGUACUCCGUGGAGGAGGCCGAUCAGCUGAUGUCGCUGAUCGCGGCAGCGCGCGAGCAUGACGUGGAGUUUGUGUACGCCAUCUCGCCGGGCCUCGACAUGUCCUUCUCCAACCCCAAGGAGGUGGUGACACUCAAGCGCAAGCUGGAGCAGGUCUCUCAGUUUGGCUGCCGUGGAUUCGCCCUUCUCUUUGAUGACAUCGACCAGAACAUGUGCCCUGCCGACAAGGAGGUGUUCACCUCGUUUGCCUACGCGCAGGUGUCCGUCACUAACGAGGUCUACCAGCACCUUGGCGAGCCCGCCUCCUUCAUGUUUUGCCCGACGGAAUACUGCGGCUCCCUGUGCUACCCCAAUCCCGCGCAGUCUCCGUACCUGCAGACAGUGGGCGAGAAGUUGCUACCCAACAUCGACGUCCUGUGGACAGGCCCCAAGGUGGUGUCCAAGGACAUCUCCCUGGAGUCGGUGGAGGAAGUGUCCAAGGUGCUGAAGCGCCGACCCGUCAUCUGGGACAACAUCCACGCCAACGACUACGACCAGAAGCGCCUCUUCCUGGGGCCCUUCAAGGGCCGCUCCUCGGAGCUCAUCCCCCGGCUCAACGGCGUCCUCACCAACCCCAACUGCGAGUUCGAGGCCAACUUCGUGGCGGUGCACACGCUUGCCACGUGGUACCAUUCCAACAUGCACGGCGUGCGCAAGGAUGCCGUCAUGGCAGGCAGCGAGGACAGCACGGUGUCGGUGCAGAUCAAGCUGGAGAACGAGGGCAGCGACGAGGAGCUGGAGACCGACAUCCUCUACAGCCCCCGCACGGCGCUCAAGCUCGCGCUCGUCGAGUGGCUCCACGACUUCGCCGCCCAGCAGCCCAGGAGACAAGUGACAGGGAGCGGACCCAAAACCAGCCUCAGCAACGUCAUCACCGUGUCCCUGCCGGCUGCCUCCAUGGCAACCGUUAGCACCUCCAUCUACCAGCAGCCCAUCAUGUCUUCAUCCUCCACCACCCUGCCAGCUUCCCCGGACUCCGCGAUCGACCCCAAGCCGCUCUUGGGCAUUGACGAGGAGGUGGAAGAGGAAGGCGGAGACCUCGUUAAAGGGGGGGACGAUGUGGAUGAUGGCGGUGGCAGCGGCGGUGCCGUCGACGACAGCGCCGGUGCGAAACCAGUGGUGGAGGAGCCCAUGGAGACGGCGGCGUGCGAGAAGCCGGACUGCGGGGACGCCGUGACCGCCAGCGAGCCCCGGCCGAUGGACACCGACCUGGACGGCGCCGCGGGUGGCCCCGUGGCCACGGACGGGGGGCCGCCCGGCGGCACCGUGGAGGGGCCCGGCGGCACGGAGGAGGGGUCCGGCGGCACCGCGCCCGCCACGCCGCCCGACCGGGAGAUGCGUCCGAUUGAUACGGAGCGUGAGGGAGUGGCGGAGGGCAGCCCGGCGCACGGCGUCAGCGAGGGGGUGAGUGAGGAGGUCGGAACGCCGGACUUCCUGCGUGGCAACAUCGAUGCCGUCGUUGUCGAGGAGGAGGAGGAUGGGAGGAGCAUGCAGGCCGAGGCGUGGCCCAUGCAGACGGACGAUGUGAUCCCGUGCGGCGGUGCCGGCACGGCGGCGGGGAGCGGGGGAAAGUCCUCGGCCGUGGAUCCGGUGACGGCCGACGACCUGGACCUCCUCGCCGACCUCUUCUACCUCCCGUACGAGCACGGGCCGCGCGCCGCUCAGCUGCUGCGCGAAUUCCACUGGCUCAAGGUCAACAGCAGCGCCGUGGGCUGCAGCCGGAGCGUCGCCGAGCCCAACAAAGAGCGCGAGGAGGAGUGGCGAGCCCGUGCCCUCGCCUUCGAGGAGCUGUGUAACCGCGUGACGCAGAUGUUCACGCGCCUCUCCAGCAUCGCCAACCGCAGCGUCCUCUACGACCUCUACCCCUACAUCUGGGACAUCAAGGGCAUCGUCUCCAUGGUCAAGUCGUUCGUCAAGUGGCUGGGUGGGCACAACGCGGCGGUGUGCCGUCCACGUGGGGUCCUACCUGUGGGGGGGCUGUCUCUGUGGGCGUGGGGGGCGCCUUCUGGAGGAGAGGGAGUUAUAGAGGUGAUCGAUAGAGGGGGCAGGGAGCCAGGUUUUUCAAAGAGUUGCGCGGGUCCUUGUGUGGCACAAGCUGUGGGCGGCACCCGCCGGCAAGUGGACAUUGGUCUGCCAGUAGGGGGCGGCGUUCCUCUGCGCGCUGUUCCGAUUGCGCAGCGAGCCGGUGACGUGCAGAGGUCAAACUGCACGGUCGCAUCUCCCCGCGGGGACGGCCACCCAUCCCGCACCGAUCCCUCUCGCCACGCUCUCACCCGGCUCGCCAGCGCAGCCCGGUGCUCUCCAUUCCUGGCCAAGCGAAGCUCACCAGGACUUGGCUUUAGAGAGGCGUGGCGAGCGAGAGAGCGGUUUGUGGGUAGAGUGGCGGCACGUUGGUCACCGGUGGGGCUCGGGUGGCGGCCCGUGCGGGCGGCGGGGCUGGUGGGGGGGGGGGGGGUUCUUGCGGUGGUGCGCUCCCUCCCUGUCUCUCCCCAGGUGCCUUGCGAGGAGGCGGCGGGCACGAGCUCACUCGCGCAGGCAGCUUUGCCGGGGUUGUGGGCCAGAGUUCAGGGGUCGGACGAAGGGUGCCGCAGCCAGACCCACUCGCAGUUCCUGAGCGGAGACCAGGAGCCGUGGGUGUUCCGCGGUGGUCUCGCCGGCGAGCUACAGCGGAUGCUGCCCAUUGACGGCGCCAACGACCUCUUCUUCCAGCCGCCGCCGCUGCCCCCCACGGCCAAGGUGUACACGAUUCGGCCGUACCUCCCGCAGGACGAGGCCGCCGCCUACAAGGUGUGCCGGGAGACGUACGCCGACGGCUUGGACGGCACGCAGCUCUUCCCGGACAACCCCGACCUCAUCGGAGACCGGCUGGUGGGCAGCCUGCUGUCGCUGAGCCCCGAGUAUUGCUUCGUGCUGGAGGACGAGGAGGGCGUGUGCGGCUACGCGCUGGGCUCCGUCGACGCCAAGUCCUUCUUCAGCCGCUGCGAGGUGGCCUGGCUGCCGGCCAUGCAGGACAAGUACACGCGGCCCGCCGCCACCGGGGACGACGCGCUCUCCCUCUCGCUGGAGGUGAUGCUGAGCUUCCACGAGGAGGCGCGGGUGCCCCCGGAGACGCUGGUAUCGCGCUUCCCGUCGCUGGUGCGCGUGGACAUCCACAGCCGGGUCACCGACCCCAGCGUUGCCAAGAGCAUGAUGGGCUGCCUGCUCUCGUCCCUCAAGGCCAACGGAUCGCAGGGUGCGUUUUGCGAGGUGAAGGCGAGCGACAAGGGCAACACGGAGUUCUACACCAAACUCGGAUUCUUCGAGGUCCCCAUGGCCGAAGGUUUCUGCAAAGACGCCGUCCUCCUGGGCCGCCCCAUCUGACCCCUCCGCGCCGUCCCCUGCCCCCCGUGCCGGACUGGCUCACGCGACGGGCGGCGGCGGUGGCGGCGGCGGCGGUGGUGGCAUUGCAGCUGGCUGGUGGAGCUGGGAUCUCCCACUCGGUUUGGCGAGUAGGGGCGGUGUGGAGGUGUGCGUGUGUGUUCCAUGGCGGUGUGUGUGGCACGGUGUGCUGCCCUCCUCCUGUCAGCAGCUGCCGGGCGGGGCUAGGCUGACACAAACGGUUGCGAGUGUGUGCGUGCGUGAAUGUCUGUUGGGUGUAAGCGGGGAUUCAUUUCUUGCCCAAUAUUUUUCGGGUCACUCACGGACUGGAGUAGGUGGCGUGUGACGAGUCGACAACACAUCCAUAGCCAGAGGUAUAAUGGAUGUGGUGUGCCUUGUGCGGAAAUGUUUUCUGUGUCGCCAACCCAGACGGACUGGGUCGAAUUUAAGCUAUGGAGGUGUAAUAUUCUGGCAACGUCCGUGUGUGUGUGGGCGGUGGUGUGAGUUGUGUGCGAUGCUGUGGAUUGUGUGAGCUUUGAUGUGUGGUGUGUGUGGCGCUCUGUGUGGUGGGUGACUGGGUGGCGUGUGAGGCAUAUUGUGAGUGGUAUAUGUGGUCGGUGGUCAGGUGGGUGAUGUGUGCCAGGCAGUAUGAAUGUUGCGAGUGCCGUGCGUGUAUGGUGUGGUGCGGUGUGGUGCGGUGUGCGUGUAUGGUAUGGUGUCUUGUGCGUGUAUGGUGCGGUGUGGUGGGGUGUGCGUGUAUGGUGUGGUGCGGUGUGCGUGUAUGGUGUGGUGCGGUGUGGCGCGGUGUGCGUGUAUGGUGCGGUGUGUGGUGUGGUGCGGUGUGGUGCGGUGUGCGUGUAUGGUGCGGUGUGUGGUGUGGUGUGGUGCGGUGUGCGUGUAUGGUGCGGUGUGGUGCGGUGUGCGUGUAUGGUGCGGUGUGUGGUGUGGUGCGGUGUGUGGUGUGGUGCGGUGUGGUCCGGUGUGCGUGUAUGGUGUGGUGCAGUGUGCGUGUAUGGUGUGGUGCGGUGUGGUGCGGUGUGCGUGUAUGGUAUGGUUUGGUGCGGUGUGGUGCAGUGUGCGUGUAUGGUGUGGUGCGGUGUACGUGUGUGGUGUGGUGCGGUGUGUGGUGUGGUGCGGUGUGGUGCGGUGCGGUGUGAGUGACGUGCGGUGCCUCGCGUACUUCCCUUGGGCAGCUGCCGUCGUGGGGAAUUUGCAAAACCAGGACCCGGAACUUUUGAUGGGCCGAAGUACUGAGUCUGGAUAUUCCACGUCAGUGUCUCCCCGUGUCUUUGCUCACCCUCCGUGCCUCUCCGAGUCUCCCCCCAGCUCCUAAUGUCUCCCCAAGUCUCCCCCUACCGCGUCUCCGAUCACCCCUCGUGCGAUGUUCACAACCAAACUCUGAUUUUUGUUUUUAUACUCGUUCUAAGCGUUCACUAUCCUCUUCAUCCCGGAUAACGACGAUGAUGAUGAUUGUUUUUUGUUUAGCAUUCCUUGAAUGAAUUGUUCGCUAAACCUUUUUACGGAUCUCCCACCCUGAUUUAUGAACGUGUGGGUUCCGUUGUUUUGACGGAAAUAUAAACGUUCACUGAUGACGCUGACGAUGACGAUUUUGGCGAUGACUACGACAACAGCUCUGACGACGAUGGCGUUCGUGACGAUGAUGGCGAUGUUGGCUACGAUGAUGUACAGGUUGUUGGUGCUGUUGACCCAGAUCUCACUCCACUGCCCAUUGCUGCCAAGGUUGUCUCAGGCUGCCCCCGAUCCCCACUGCUGCCCCUGAUGCCCCUCAUCCACAGUGCUCAUGCCCUGCCCUGGGCAGGCCUCAGAGGUUGACCUUCCAUCAGGGCAAAGCGGCGUGGCCUGGGGUGCAGCGUUGUGACCCGAGGGUGCAGGGCGGCGUGGCGUGUGGGAUCUGGGGGGCUCGUCCCGUGUACAUUACCUGUACAUACGUUCUGUGUAGUAAUAGUAGUAAUAGUAAUAAUAAUGACGACAGCGACCACGUGGUUACCACUGUUUCUGUUCCCCUUUUUUUGCGAAUCGGAGCGUAAACGAUGAUCGUGGUGAUGACGAUACGAAUAAAAAUGUGCUGGAAGCAACAGGA